AUGUUUUCAAUUAUUUUAUCAUUAAUUUUUCCUAUUAAUUGUGCUACUAAUAUUGAUAUCUUUAUUGAAAGUCAAUGUCCAGAUACUGUUAGAUUAUUUAAAAAAAUGAAAACUUUGCUAGAUUAUGAAUAAAUACACUCUUAAAUUGAAUUUCAUUUUAUACCUUUUGGAAAAGGAAAUGAAAAACUAGUAUUAAAUCAAGGAUAUGAAUUCAAUUGUUAACAUGGCAAUAAAGAAUGCUAUGGAAAUUUAAUAGAUUCUUGUGUUUUAGAAUAAUUAGACUAAAUUGAAUAAUUACGUUAUUUAAUAUGCAUACAUUAAGAAAGAUAAAACAAUGAGGAAUUAAUCAAUCUAAGCCUUAAAAAAUGUGUUUAAAAUUAAGAAUGUGUUUAUGAAAGAACAUUAAAAUGUGCUUAAUCUAAAUUUGGCAAUUAUUUAUAACAUAAAGCUGCCAAAUUUACACUUGCAUAAAAUUUAGUUGAAAUUCCUUGGAUUAAUAUUAAUGGUUAACAUUCACCUGAAUUUGAUAAGAAAUUUAAACUAAAUCCGUUAAAAGCUAUCUGUGAACAAAUAGAUUGUGAAAAGAUCAAAGUCAACUUUAAAUGA